GAGUGUAGGAAAGGCGGGAGCCAGAUAAAAGGAGGACUCCAGAGGCCUUUGUUCACUCCUCCCUGCCUCUCCUUCUGUCCCUCUGUCCUUCUGUCCCUCAGUCCCUCUGCCCCUCCACUAUCCCUGUACCAUGGGGCCUGCCUCAGGUCCCAGCCUGCUGCUCCUGCUGCUGACCAGUCUCCCCCUGGCCCUGGGGGACCCCAUGUACUCCUUGAUUACCCCCAACGUCCUCCAGUUGGAGAACGAGGAGACUGUGGUGCUGGAGGCCCACGAUCCGCAAGGUGACGUUCAAGUAACAGUCAACAUAUACGACUUCCCAGCCAGGAAGCAGGUGCUUGUCACGGAGAGCACCGCGCUGAACGCUGCCAACAGUUACAUGACCACGGUCAACAUCAAGAUCCCGGCCAACAGGGAGUUAAGAUCACAGAAGGGGAACAAGUUUGUGAUUGUCCAGGCAGUCUUCGGUAACAUUCAGGUGGAAAAGGUGGUGCUAGUCAGCCUUCAGAGCGGGUACCUCUUUAUCCAGACAGACAAGACCAUCUACACCCCAGGCUCCACAGUCCUCUAUCGAAUCUUCACUGUUGACCACAAGCUGCUGCCCGUGAGCCGGACAGUUAUCGUCAGCAUUGAGACCCCUGAUGGCGUUCCUGUCAAGCGGGACACCUUUUCUUCUCACAACCAGUUUGGCAUCUUGUCCUUGACUUGGAAUAUCCCAGAGCUGGUCAACAUGGGACAGUGGAAGAUACUAGCCCACUAUGAAGAUUCCCCUCAGCAGGUCUUCUCCACUGAGUUUGAAGUGAAGGAAUAUGUGCUGCCCAGUUUUGAGGUCCUAGUGGAGCCUGCAGAGAAAUUCUACUACAUUGAUGACCCCAAAGGCCUGGAAGUCACCAUUACGGCCAGGUUCUUGUACGGGAAGAAUGUGGAUGGAACAGCCUUUGUCAUCUUUGGGGUCCAGGAUGGUGACCAGAGGAUUUCACUGUCCCAGUCACUCACCCGUAUUGUGAUCGCAGAUGGCACUGGGGAGGCUGUGCUGAAGCGAGAGGUCCUGCUGGGUGGGGUGCAGCCCUCCCGAAAGGACGCCCUAGUGGGAAAGUCAUUGUACGUGUCCGUCACCGUCAUCCUGAGCUCAGGCAGCGACAUGGUGGAGGCAGAGCGCAGUGGGAUCCCCAUCGUGACCUCCCCCUACCAGAUCCACUUCACCAAGACGCCUAGGUUCUUCAAACCUGCCAUGCCCUUCGACCUCAUGGUGUUUGUGACGAACCCCGAUGGCUCCCCUGCCCGCCGCAUCCCUGUGGCAACUCAGAACUCCGCCCAGGGGCAGGCUCUAACCCAGGAUGAUGGUGUGGCCAAGCUGAUCAUCAACACACAGAAGAACGCACAGCCCCUGACUAUCACCGUGCGCACAGUGAAGAAGGACCUCCCGGAGGAGCGACAGGCCACUAAUAAAAUGCAGGCCCUACCCUACAGUACCAUGGGCAACUCCAACAACUACCUGCACCUCUCUGUGCCCCGUGUGGAGCUCAAGCCAGGGGACACGCUCAAUGUCAACUUUCACCUGCGAAUGGACCCUGGCCUGGAUGCCAAGAUCAGAUACUAUACCUACCUGAUCAUGAACAAGGGGAUGCUGUUGAAGGUGGGACGCCAGGAACGAGAGGCCGGCCAGGACCUGGUAGUGCUGCCUCUGACCAUCACGCCAGACUUUAUUCCUUCCUUCCGCCUGGUGGCCUAUUACACGCUGAUUGGCAACAACGGCCAGAGGGAAGUGGUAGCCGAUUCUGUGUGGGUGGAUGUCAAGGACUCGUGUGUGGGCAAUCUGGUGGUGAAAAAUGCCCUGAAGGAUGGAAGGCAGCAGCAUCUACCUGGACAACAGAUAUCACUCAAGAUCGAGGGUAACCAGGGGGCUCGAGUAGGGCUGGUCGCAGUGGACAAGGGCGUGUUUGUGCUGAAUAAGAAGAACAGGCUGACUCAGAAUAAGAUCUGGGACACAGUGGAGAAGGCAGACAUUGGCUGCACACCGGGCAGUGGAAAGAACUUUGCGGGUGUCUUUACCGAUGCAGGGCUGGCCUUCAUGACCAACAAAGGCCUGGAGACAGAGCAGAGGUCAGAGGUACAGUGUCCCAGACCAGCCACCCGGCGCCGCCGGUCCGUGCAGCUCAUGGAGAAGAAGAUAGGCAAAGCGGGCGAGUACCAGAGCCAGGAGCUGCGCAAGUGCUGCGAGGAUGGCAUGCGGGAGAACCUCAUGAAGUACUCGUGCCAGCGCCGGGCGCGGUUCAUCCUCCAGGGCAAGGCCUGCGUGGACGCCUUCGUGAACUGCUGCAACUACAUCACCCAGCUGCGGGCCCAGCUCAAGCGGCAAGGCGCACUGGGGCUGGCCAGGAGUGACAUGGAUGAGGACAUCAUUCCAGAAGAAGACAUCAUUUCCCGAAGCCAGUUCCCUGAGAGCUGGCUGUGGACCGUUGAGGAAUUAAAGGAGCCGGAGAAAAAUGGGGUCUCCACGAAGAUCAUGAAGGUGUUUUUAAAAGACUCCAUCACCACCUGGGAGAUUCAGGCUGUGAGCUUGUCUGACAAGAAAGGGAUCUGUGUGGCUGACCCCUAUGAGGUGACAGUGGCACAAGAUUUCUUCAUCGACCUGCGGCUGCCCUACUCUGUCGUGCGGAACGAGCAGGUGGAGAUCCGAGCUGUUCUCUACAACUACCGGGAGGCGGAGACACUCAAGGUGAGAGUAGAACUACUCUACAAUCCAGCCUUCUGCAGCAUGGCCACUGCCAAGAAGCGUCACCUGCAGACUCUGAACAUCCUUCCCAAGUCCUCACUGGCUGUGCCUUACAUCAUUGUGCCCCUGAAGAUUGGCCUGCAGGAGGUGGAGGUCAAGGCGACUGUCUAUGGGUUGUUCAUCAGUGACGGUGUCAAGAAGACCCUGAAGGUCGUGCCGGAAGGAAUCAGAGUGAACAAAACUGUGACCGUUCGCACACUGGAACCAACAAAAUUCGGUCAGAACGGUGUACAGCGUGAGGAGAUCCCGGCUGCAGACCUCAGCGACCAAGUCCCAGACACAGAGUCAGAAACCAGUAUUCUCCUGCAGGGGACCCCAGUGGCCCAGAUGGCAGAAGAUGCCAUUGAUGGGGACCGGCUGAAGCACCUCAUCGUGACGCCCUCGGGCUGCGGAGAGCAGAACAUGAUCGGGGUGACGCCCACGGUCAUCGCCGUGCACUACCUGGACCACACCCAGCAGUGGGACAAGUUCGGCCUUCAGAAGCGGCAGGAUGCCCUGGACCUUAUCAAGAAGGGCUACACCCAGCAGCUGGCCUUCAGACAACCCAACAGUGCCUUUGCGGCCUUCCUGGACCGGCCAUCCAGCACCUGGUUGACAGCCUAUGUGGUCAAGGUCUUCUCCCUGGCAGCCAACCUCGUUGCCAUCGACUCUGAAGUCCUCUGUGGGGCUGUCAAGUGGCUGAUCCUGGAGAAGCAGAGGCCUGACGGAGUCUUUCAGGAGGAUGGGCCCGUGAUACACCAGGAAAUGAUUGGUGGCUUCAGGAACGCUCAGGAGAAAGAUGUGUCCCUCACGGCCUUCGUUCUCAUCGCGCUGCAGGAGGCUAAAGAAAUUUGUGAGGGACAGGUCAACAGUCUGGGGGGCAGCAUCAAUAAGGCUGGAGACUUCCUUGAAGCCCAGUAUGAGAGAUUGCAGAGACCAUAUACUGUGGCCAUUGCUGGCUAUGCCCUGGCCCUGUUGGGCAAGCUGGAAGGCUCCUCCUUGAACAAAUUUCUGGAAACGGCCACAGAAGGGAACCGCUGGGAGGAGCCUGGCCAGAAGCUCUACAAUGUGGAGGCCACAUCCUAUGCCUUGCUGGCCCUGCUGCUGCUCAAAGACUUUGACGCUGUGCCUCCUGUUGUACGCUGGCUCAAUGAGCAGAGAUACUAUGGAGGUGGCUAUGGCUCCACCCAGGCCACUUUCAUGGUGUUCCAAGCCCUGGCCCAAUACCACAAGGAUGUCCCUGACCACAAUGAACUGAAUCUGGAUGUGAGCAUUGAUCUCCCCAGCCGCAGCUCUGGUAUCAAGCACCGCAUCACCUGGGACUCCGCUAGCCUUCUGCGGUCAGAACAGACCAAAGAAAAUGAGAAAUUCACACUAACAGCUAAAGGGAAAGGCCAAGGCACUUUGUCGGUGGUGACAACAUACCAUGCCAAGGUCAAAGGCAAAGUCACCUGCAAGAAAUUUGACCUCAGGGUUAACCUACGACCAGUCCCUGAAACAGUCAAGAAGCCUCAGGAUGCCAAGAGCUCCAUGUUCCUUGAAAUCUGUGUCAGGUACCUGGGAAACACUGAUGCCACUAUGUCCAUCCUGGAUAUAUCCAUGAUGACUGGCUUUUCUCCUGACGUUGCUGACCUCAAGCAGCUGAGCACUGGCACCGACAGAUACAUCUCCAAGUAUGAGAUGGACAAGGCCUUCUCCAACAAAAACACCCUCAUCAUCUACCUGGACAAGAUCUCGCAUGACCUGGAGGACUGUAUAUCCUUCAAAAUUCACCAGUUCUUUAAUGUGGGGCUUAUCCAGCCUGGGACAGUCAAGGUGUACUCCUAUUACAACCUGGAUGAGACUUGCUCCCAGUUCUACCACCCGGAGAAGGAAGGCGGAAUGCUGAGCAAACUCUGCCACAAUGAAAUGUGCCGCUGUGCUGAGGAGAACUGCUUCAUGUACCAGGCAGAGGAAAAGGUCACCCCUGAAGACCGGCUGGACAAGGCCUGCGAGCCAGGAGUGGACUAUGUGUACAAGACCACACUGCAGAGUAAAGAGCUGGCGGAUGAUUUUGACGAGUACAUAAUGGUCAUUGACCAGGUCAUCAAAUCAGGCACUGAUGAGGUGCAGGAUGGACAGGAGCGCAGGUUCAUCAGUCACAUCAAAUGCAGAGAAGCCCUGAAGUUGCAGGAGGGAAAACAUUACCUCAUAUGGGGCCUCUCCUCGGACCUGUGGGGAGAGAAACCCAACAUCAGCUACAUCAUUGGGAAGGACACCUGGGUGGAGCUGUGGCCCGAUGCCGAUGAAUGCCAAGAUGAGGAGAACCAGAAAGUGUGCAGGGACCUGGCCAGCUUCAGAGAGAACAUGGUCGUCUUUGGCUGUCCCAACUGAUCCCUGUCAUGGUCCCCCCAAUAAACUUUCACUUGUAUUCCA